AUGUCCUCAGGCACGUCCGGCAGUGACGAGAAGAUCUCGGCAACCAAGAUCCCGCCCCUGGACUCGGCCGUCAAAGCGAACCGGCCGCACGACCAGAGCUCGCGCGGCGCGGCGGGGACAGAUCGCAGUAUCGACCAGAGUCGGAUCGCACCCAUGGGCGGAGCCGGCCAGUACCAACACACCGCGCCCCACGCCGACUCGCAGGGCUCAGUCGGGAGAGACGAGACAAUCCAGGGAGCCAAGAUCGAGCCCCUUGCGGGCAAGGGACACGCAGACGUAGACGCACACGCGGGGACGAAGGAGGACGCAGGUCUCGACGACGAGACCGUCGAUGCGGCGAGGAUCGACCCCCUGGGCAGUGUCAGGGAGGAGCAGCCUCCCGCUUGA